AUGGCAGCUAUCCGCGCGUCCUUCCGUAUUGCCAGCAAUGCUACUAGAUUCGUAGCCCCCACUGUCGCCAGGAGAGCUUUCGUCACCAGAGCUGCUCCUCGACGAGCAUUCUCAACUGAAGCUCCCAAAGCUGCUGCCCCUGAACCUCCAAAGGAAGCUGGUGGCUCAAAUGCUCUAUUAUGGGUUGGUCUUUUGGCUGCUGUGGGUGCUGGUGGUUACUUCUAUCUCUCUUCUCAGGAUGGAGGUAUUGCCAUCGCUGUCAAGAAACCACUCAACUACCAAGAAGUCUACAACACUAUCGCAUCCAUGCUCGACGCUCCCGACUACGACGAUGGCUCAUACGGCCCCGUACUGGUUCGUUUGGCAUGGCACGCUUCCGGUACCUACGACAAGGCUACAAACACUGGCGGUUCAAACGGCGCUACCAUGCGUUUCCCUCCUGAGGGCGGACACGGUGCCAACGCUGGUCUGUCGGUCGCCCGUGACCUGAUGGAAAAGGUCAAGAAGCAAUUCCCUGACAUCUCAUACUCUGAUCUAUGGACUCUUGCUGGUGUAGUCGCUAUUCAAGAAAUGGGUGGCCCAACCAUUCCAUGGCGAGCUGGAAGAGUCGAUGCUCUCUCUGCUGAAGCAUGCACUCCUGAUGGCCGUCUACCUGAUGCUGCUCAGGGUCAAGACCAUCUCCGAAACAUCUUUUACCGAAUGGGCUUCAAUGACCAAGAAAUCACUGCACUUGCUGGCGCUCACGCUCUAGGACGUUGUCAUACUGAUCGUUCCGGAUUCGAUGGCCCAUGGACUCGUUCUCCAACCAUGUUCACAAACGACUACUACAAGCGUCUGCUUGAAGAAAAAUGGGUUGACAAGAAAUGGACUGGCCCUAAACAAGCAGUGGACAAGGCUACUGGUCAAUUGAUGAUGCUGCCCGCUGAUUUGGCUUUAAUCAAGGACCGAACCUUCAAGAAGUUUGUGGAUUUGUAUGCCAAGGAUGAACAAACCUUCUUCUCUGACUUUGCCAAAGUAUUCCAGAAGCUGGAAGAACUCGGAGUACCAUUCAAGCCAGACACUCCAGUCUUUGAAUUCAAACGCACAGAAUAA